AUGGGGCCGGGGGCCCGGGGCCACCGCCGCCGCCGUCGCCCGAUGUGGCUGCCGCUGCCACCGCCGCCCAUGAGGGCGCUGCCCCUGCUGCUGCUGCUAGCGGGGUCGGGGGCUGCAGCCCCCCCUUGCCUGGAUGGAAGCCCGUGUGCAAAUGGAGGCCGUUGCACCCAGCUACCCUCCCGGGAGGCUGCCUGCCUGUGCCCACCAGGCUGGGUGGGUGAGUGGUGUCAACUGGAAGACCCCUGCCACUCGGGCCCCUGUGCUGGCCGUGGUGUCUGCCAGAGCUCAGUGGUGGCAGGAAGUGCCCGGUUCUCCUGUCGCUGUCCCCGUGGAUUCCGAGGUCCUGACUGCUCUCUGCCAGACCCCUGCCUCAGCAGCCCUUGUGCCCAUGGUGCCCGCUGCUCAGUGGGGGCUGAUGGCCGCUUUACCUGCUCCUGCCCACCUGGCUACCAGGGCCGCAGCUGCCGGAGUGAUGUGGAUGAGUGCCGGGUGGUUGGGCCCUGCCGUCAUGGUGGCACAUGCCUCAAUACACCUGGUUCCUUCCACUGCCAGUGCCCAGUUGGCUACACAGGGCCACUGUGCGAAAGCCCCACAGUGCCCUGUGCUCCCUCACCGUGCCGUAAUGGGGGCACCUGUAGACAAAGUGGUGACAUCACCUAUGAUUGUGCCUGUCUUCCUGGGUUUGAGGGCCAGAACUGUGAAGUGAAUGUGGAUGACUGUCCAGGACACCGAUGUCUUAAUGGGGGAACGUGUGUGGAUGGUGUCAACACUUACAACUGCCAGUGUCCUCCUGAAUGGACAGGCCAAUUCUGCACGGAGGAUGUGGAUGAGUGUCAAUUGCAGCCCAACGCCUGCCACAAUGGUGGCACCUGCUUCAACACACUGGGUGGCCACAGCUGUGUGUGUGUCAAUGGCUGGACAGGCGAGAGCUGCAGUCAGAAUAUUGAUGACUGUGCUACAGCCGUGUGCUUCCAUGGGGCCACCUGCCAUGAUCGCGUUGCCUCUUUCUACUGUGCCUGCCCCAUGGGCAAGACUGGCCUUCUAUGUCAUCUGGAUGAUGCUUGUGUCAGCAACCCCUGUCACGAAGAUGCUAUCUGUGACACAAACCCGGUUAAUGGCCGGGCCAUCUGCACCUGUCCACCUGGCUUCACGGGCGGAGCAUGUGACCAGGAUGUGGAUGAGUGCUCCAUUGGUGCCAACCCUUGUGAGCACCUGGGUCGCUGUGUGAACACACAGGGCUCGUUCCUGUGCCAGUGUGGCCGUGGCUACACUGGCCCACGCUGUGAGACUGACGUCAACGAGUGUCUGUCAGGACCCUGCCGAAACCAGGCCACAUGCCUGGACCGCAUAGGCCAGUUCACCUGUAUCUGCAUGGCAGGCUUCACAGGAACUUACUGCGAGGUCGAUAUCGACGAGUGUCAGAGUAGCCCCUGUGUCAAUGGCGGGGUCUGCAAGGACCGAGUCAACGGCUUCAGUUGCACCUGUCCCUCGGGCUUCAGUGGAUCUACAUGUCAGUUAGACGUGGACGAAUGCGCUAGCACGCCCUGCAAGAACGGUGCCAAGUGCGUGGACCAACCGGAUGGCUAUGAGUGCCGUUGCGCGGAGGGCUUUGAGGGCACCUUGUGCGAGCGCAACGUGGAUGAUUGCUCUCCAGACCCAUGCCACCAUGGUCGCUGUGUGGAUGGCAUUGCCAGCUUCUCAUGUGCCUGUGCACCAGGCUACACGGGUACACGCUGCGAGAGCCAGGUGGAUGAGUGCCGCAGCCAGCCCUGCCGCCACGGGGGCAAAUGCCUAGACCUGGUGGACAAGUACCUUUGCCGCUGUCCUUCUGGCACCACAGGGGUGAACUGCGAGGUGAACAUAGAUGACUGUGCCAGUAAUCCUUGCACCUUUGGAGUCUGCCGUGACGGCAUCAACCGCUAUGACUGUGUCUGUCAGCCUGGCUUCACAGGGCCCCUUUGUAAUGUGGAGAUCAAUGAGUGUGCAUCCAGCCCCUGCGGCGAUGGAGGCUCCUGUGUGGAUGGAGAAAAUGGUUUCCGCUGCCUCUGCCCACUGGGCUCCUUGCCCCCGCUCUGCCUUCCCCCAAGCCAUCCCUGUGCCUAUGAACCCUGCAGUCACGGCGUCUGCCAUGAUGCACCUGGCGGGUUUCGCUGUGUGUGUGAGCCUGGCUGGAGUGGCCCCCGUUGCAGCCAGAGCCUGGCCCGAGACACUUGUGAGUCCCAGCCCUGCCAGGCCGGUGGCACCUGUACCAGCGAUGGAAUGGGCUUCCACUGCACUUGCCCUCCUGGUGUCCAGGGACGUCAGUGUGAGCUGUUGUCCCCCUGCACUCCAAACCCCUGUGAGCAUGGGGGCCAAUGUGAGUCUGCCCCUGGCCAGCUGACUGUCUGCUCCUGCCCACCUGGCUGGCAAGGUCUACGAUGCCAACAGGAUGUGGAUGAGUGUGCUGGUUCCUCACCCUGUGGUUCCCAUGGUACUUGCACCAACUUGGCAGGGAGUUUCAGCUGUACCUGCCAUAGUGGAUAUACUGGCCCUUCCUGCAAUCAGGACAUCAAUGACUGUGACCCCAAUCCGUGCCUGAAUGGUGGCUCAUGUCAGGAUGGUGUGGGCUCCUUCUUGUGCUCCUGCCUCCCUGGUUUUGCUGGCCUGCGUUGUGCUCAUGACGUGGAUGAAUGUCUUAGCAACCCCUGUGGCCCAGGCACGUGUACUGACCAUGUGGCCUCCUUCACCUGCUCCUGCCCUCCAGGCUAUGGAGGCCUCCAUUGCGAGCAGGACUUACCUGACUGCAGCCCGAGCUCCUGCUUUAAUGGCGGGACCUGUGUGGAUGGUGUGAACUCGUUCAGCUGCCUAUGCCGUCCCGGCUACACCGGAGCCCACUGCCACCACGAGGCCGACUUGUGCCUCUCACGGCCCUGCCUGCAUGGGGGUGUCUGCAGCACUGCUUACCCUGGCUUCCGCUGUGCCUGCCCAGAGGGCUUCACCGGCCCCCAGUGCCAGACGCUGGUGGACUGGUGCAGUAGCAUGCCCUGCCAGAACGGGGGUCGCUGUGUUCAGACCGGGGCCUAUUGCCUUUGCCCUCCGGGAUGGAACGGCCGCCUCUGUGACACCCGAAGUCUGCCCUGCAGGGAGGCUGCAGCCCAAAUUGGGGUGCGGUUGGAACAGCUGUGUCAGGCGGGUGGGCAGUGCGUGGAUGAGGACAGCUCCCACUACUGCGUGUGCCCAGAGGGACGUACAGGUAGCCACUGUGAGCAGGAAUUGGACCCUUGUUUGGCUCAGCCCUGCCAGCAUGGGGGCACCUGCCGUGGCUACAUGGGGGGCUAUGUGUGUGAGUGUCUGGCUGGCUACGCUGGUGAUGACUGUGAGGACGAUGUGGACGAGUGUGCCUCCCAGCCCUGCCAGCAUGGGGGCUCCUGCAUUGACCUCGUGGCCCGCUAUCUCUGCUCUUGUCCUCCUGGGACACUGGGCGUGCUCUGUGAGAUUAAUGAGGAUGACUGUGGCCCAGGCCUACUCCUGCACUCAGGUCCCCAGUGCCUACACAAUGGCACCUGCGUGGACCUGGUGGGAGGCUUCCGCUGCACCUGCCCCCCGGGAUACACCGGUUUGCGCUGUGAGGCGGACAUCAAUGAGUGCCGCUCAGGUGGCUGCCAUGCAGCACACACCCGGGACUGCCUUCAGGACCCAGGUGGGAGUUUCCACUGCCUUUGCCAUUCAGGCUUCACAGGUCCCCGCUGUCAGACCGUCCUGUCUCCCUGCGAGUCCCAACCAUGCCAGCAUGGAGGCCAGUGCCGACCCAGCCCAGGCGCUGGGGGUGGGCUGACCUUUGCCUGCCACUGUGUUCCACCAUUCUGGGGUCCGCGUUGCGAGCGAGUGGCGCGCUCCUGCCGAGAGCUGCAGUGCCCCGUGGGCGUCCCAUGCCAGCAGACUGCCCGCGGGCCGCGCUGCGCCUGCCCCCCAGGGUUGUCCGGGCCCUCCUGCCGUGGCUCCCGGGGGUCGCCGCCUGGGGCCAGCAACGCCAGCUGCGCUGCAGCCCCCUGUCUCCAUGGGGGCUCCUGCCACCCUACACCACACGUGCCCUUCUUCCGGUGUACGUGCGCUCCAGGAUGGACCGGGCCGCGCUGUGAGGCUCCUGCCGCAGAGCCUGAGGUCUCUGAGGAGCCGCGGUGCCCGCGCUCCACCUGCCAGGCCAAGCGCGGGGACAAGCGCUGCGACCGGGAAUGCAACAGCCCAGGCUGUGGCUGGGAUGGCGGCGACUGCUCGCUGAGUGUAGGUGACCCCUGGCGGCAGUGCGAGGCGCUGCAGUGUUGGCGCCUCUUCAACAACAGUCGCUGCGACCCGGCCUGCAGCUCGCCAGCCUGCCUCUACGACAACUUUGACUGCCACGCAGGUGGCCGCGAGCGUGCUUGCAACCCUGUGUACGAGAAGUACUGCGCCGACCACUUUGCCGAUGGCCGCUGUGACCAGGGCUGCAACACCGAGGAGUGCGGCUGGGAUGGGCUGGACUGUGCCAGCGAGGUGCCAGCACUGCUGGCCCGGGGUGUGCUGGUGCUCACUGUGCUGCUGCCCCCGGAGCAGCUGCUGCGCUCCAGCGCGGACUUCUUGCAGCGGCUCAGUGCCAUCCUGCGCACCUCUCUGCGCUUCCGCCUGGAUGCCCAUGGCCAGGCCAUGGUCUUCCCUUACCACCGGCCCAGUCCUGACUCCGAACCCCGAAGCCGUCGGGAACUGGCUCCUGAAGUUAUUGGCUCUGUAGUGAUGUUGGAGAUUGACAACCGACUCUGCCUGCAGUCCUCCGAGAAUGACCACUGCUUUCCUGAUGCCCAAAGUGCAGCUGACUACCUGGGAGCACUGUCCGCGGUGGAGCGCCUUGACUUCCCAUACCCACUGCGGGAUGUGCGAGGGGAGCCUCUAGAGCCUCCAGAGCCAAGCGUGCCGUUUCUGCCCCUGCUGGUAGCAGGCGCUGUCUUCCUGCUGGUCAUCCUCGUCUUGGGCGUCAUGGUGGCUCGGCGCAAGCGCGAGCACAGCACACUCUGGUUCCCUGAGGGCUUUGCGCUGCACAAAGACUUGGCCUCUGGCCACAAAGGCCGGCGAGAGCCUGUAGGCCAAGAUGCGCUGGGCAUGAAGAACAUGGCCAAGGGCGAGAGUCUGAUGGGGGAGGUGGCCACAGACUGGAUGGAUACUGAGUGCCCAGAGGCCAAGCGACUGAAGGUAGAGGAGCCCAGCAUGGGAGCUGAGGAGGCUGUGGAUUGCCGCCAGUGGACUCAACACCAUCUGGUUGCAGCUGACAUCCGGGUGGCACCAGCCAUGGCAUUGACACCACCACAGGGUGAAGCAGAUACUGAUGGCAUGGAUGUCAAUGUGCGAGGCCCAGAUGGCUUCACCCCACUAAUGCUGGCUUCCUUCUGUGGGGGGUCCCUGGAACCAAUGCCAACUGAGGAGGAUGAGGCAGAUGACACAUCAGCCAGCAUCAUCUCAGACCUAAUCUGCCAGGGGGCCCAGCUGGGGGCACGGACUGACCGCACGGGUGAGACUGCCCUGCACCUGGCUGCCCGCUAUGCCCGGGCUGAUGCUGCCAAGCGGCUGCUGGAUGCUGGGGCGGACACAAAUGCCCAGGACCACUCAGGUCGCACACCUCUGCACACAGCUGUCACUGCCGAUGCCCAGGGCGUUUUUCAGAUUCUUAUCCGGAACCGUUCCACAGACCUGGAUGCCCGCAUGGCGGAUGGCUCGACGGCACUGAUCUUGGCAGCCCGUCUGGCGGUGGAGGGCAUGGUAGAAGAGCUCAUUGCCAGCCACGCUGAUGUCAAUGCUGUGGAUGAGCUCGGGAAAUCAGCCUUACACUGGGCUGCAGCUGUGAACAAUGUAGAGGCCACCCUGGCCUUGCUCAAAAAUGGAGCCAACAAGGACAUGCAGGAUAGCAAGGAGGAGACACCGCUGUUCCUGGCAGCCCGCGAGGGCAGCUACGAGGCUGCCAAGCUGCUUUUGGACCACUUUGCCAACCGUGAGAUCACUGACCACCUGGACAGGCUGCCACGGGAUGUGGCUCAGGAGCGGCUACACCAGGACAUCGUGCGCUUGCUAGACCAGCCCAGUGGGCCCCGCAGCCCUCCCGGCCCCCAUGGCUUAGGGCCCCUGCUUUGCCCACCUGGGGCUUUCCUCCCGGGCCUCAAGGUGACACAGUCAGGGGCUAAAAAGAGCCGGCGGCCCCCCGGGAAGGCGGGGCUGGGGCCGCAGGGGGCCCGGGGCCGGGGCAAGAAGCUGACACUGGCCUGCCCGGGACCGCUGGCUGAGAGCUCAGUCACGCUGUCACCCGUGGACUCACUGGACUCCCCGCGGCCCUUUGGUGGGCCCCCUGCUUCCCCUAGUGGCUUCCCCAUGGAGGGCCCCUACGCAGCUGCCACUGCCACUGCCGUGUCUCUGGCGCAGCUUGGUGGUGCUGGGCGGGCUGGUCUAGGGCGCCAGCCCCCUGGGGGCUGCGUGCUUAGCCUGGGCCUGCUGAACCCUGUGGCAGUCCCCCUCGACUGGGCCCGGCUGCCCCCACCUGCCCCUCCAGGCCCUUCGUUCCUGCUGCCACUGGCGCCAGCACCACAGCUGCUCAACCCUGGGACCCCCAUCUCCCCUCAGGAGCGGCCCCCACCCUACCUGGCAGCCCCAGGACAUGCCGAGGAGUAUCCGACGGCCGGGGCCCACGGCAGCCCCCCCAAGGCCCGCUUCUUGCGGGUCCCAAGUGAGCAUCCUUAUCUGACCCCAUCCCCUGAGUCUCCGGAGCACUGGGCCAGCCCAUCGCCUCCCUCCCUCUCGGACUGGUCGGACUCCACGCCCAGCCCAGCCACUGCCACUGCCACUGGGGCACUGCCUGCUCAGCCACUCCCUUUGUCUGUCCCUGGCUCCCUGGCUCAGGCCCAGACCCAGCUGGGACCCCAGCCCGAAGUCACCCCCAAGAGGCAGGUGUUGGCCUGAGACCCUCCUUGGUCCUGGAUUUUGGGGGGCUGAAGAGACAUCCCAUUCUCCUUUCUUUCUUUUCUUUUUAGUCUGUUUCAUUCUCUUCUCUCUCUCUCUCCACCAAUCCUCCUGCACCUUUGCCUUGCAGUGUGACUGAGACAGGUCACCA